GUGGUAAAGAAAAUGCCCAAAGCCGAGACCAUGGACCGUCUUCAUCCUCCUUCUUCUUUUCUUCCGCUAUCACUUCUCUCUCUUCCAUCUUCUCUUGACUCUUGACCACUGGUGAGCAUCAUCAUCAUCACCACCACCGUCACCAACCUACACACCAAAACACCCCCCACAACAAAUCUACAGGCAGCAAAGAUGAAGACCACCUCCCUCCUCAGCGCGGCAACCUACGCCUACCUGGCCACGGUCGCCUCAGCCGUCGGCCCCGCCGUCCCCGAGAACGCCGAGCGUCUCCCCGGAAAGCCCGACCUGAUGCCCAACUGGCCGUGGCAUAAUCCCUUCGCAGACGCCAACAACACGCGCAUCACCAUCUCGUCGGAAUCCGAAGCCUCGGCCCCGACCCGUUUCGUCCCGACCUGCUCUUCUCAGCGCACCUUUCGCGCCACCGAGUACCUCCUCGACGACCUGCAGGAGCUGCCGCCUCUGGGCUUGAUUCCCUGGGUCGAAGCUUUGCGCAAGACGUUUACGAACCGGCCUUACCCUGGGUCUUGGGACGGGGUGGAUCCGCAUGGAUAUGAUCGGAAUAUGCUAAUGAUGGAGUAUGUGGAUGUUCCUCUCAAGGUGAGGAGGUGGAUUGAGGAGGAGGAGUGGAGUACUGCUGCUGCUAAGGGGAAGGGGUUGUUUGCGGUGUUGGCCAAAGCCGAUGUGGAAAAGGGGGAGAAGGUGGUGGCGACGGCGACGAGUUUGCGGGAGAAGAAGCCGGAGACGGAGGAGGAGGAAAGGGAGUGGAGGGAGGGGGAUGUGAAUAGGGUGGUUAUCUUUGCGCCAGGGGCGCUUUAUGAGAAUGCGCCGCUUUGGGUGGCGGAGGGGAGUGAGUGUGAGGAAACCCUCUCUGACAUGACAAAGUACACAGCCAAACCAACCGACGGCGGUGUCGUCGCUUACCCCGUUGACAAGACCCGCGCCAACAGGGCCGAGGGCAAGAGGGAGAUGGAGUUCACUAUCAAAGCCCAGGUGCUCAAGGUCGAUGACUCUGUUCCCGAGGAGGAGGAGCAGCAGCAACAGCAGGAGAAGGGUGAAAGGGCUGGUCAGUUCAAGACUCAGGUGGAAAAGGUGGAGGAGUUCAAGACCCAGGUGGAGGAGGUGAUGGAGAAGGUCAAGACUGCGAUGAAGGAUGAGUUGUAAGUGGGCUGUUGACGAAAGUGAGUGGAUGGGAGAGGAUGAAGGACGAGGUGAAUGAUUUCAACAAUGCAUGACUUGUACUAUAUCU